AUGGAUCCAGAUAUCGAAAAGCAAGAACACAAAUGGCCUCUCGGACAGUACACCACCGAAGAGGUCGAAGCACCACAUCUCAGCAAAGAAUCUUUCGAACACGACAUCUGUUCGUCCGGCUCAGACGACAAUGGCAUCACACUCAAACGCACCGCAUCGCGGAAACCACCGCAUCCAGAAUGUUCCCUCUGCAAACAAGGCCUCACAGACGAGGAAGGAGAACCAUGCCACAAGCACGACGGCUUCGAAACAGAUCCCACUCUCGUGCUCUGGGACGGCGAUGAUGAUCCAACGAAACCCAUGAAUUGGCCCAUGUGGCGUAAAGUCUGUUUUUCCGCGGUCGCCAGUUGCUUCAUCGUUGCCGUCUCAAUCUCUUCGAGUAUUUUUGGUCCCGCUACCAGGGUUACUGCCCAGAUAUAUGGUGUUUCGCAUGAAGUGAUGAACUUGGCUAUCACUUUGCACAUCCUUGGAUUUGCCUGUGGACCUUUGAUCUUUGGACCUUUGAGUGAGGUGCUUGGGCGCACUAUACCACUUUGGAUAGGUCUCUUUGGCACGGGACUCUUCCAGAUAUCAGAAGCCGUUGCUCAGAACGUUCAAACCAUCCUUGUGUGUCGCUUCCUCGAAGGCCUCUUCGGAAGCGCCAUCAUGGCCGUCGUGAGCGGUAUGUUUGUCGAUAUAUGGCCUCCAAUCCACCGAGGUGUGGGUCUGGCAGCAUCAUCCAUGUGCAUUAACCUGGGCUCCACGUUUGCCCCAAUCAUUGGCGUAUACGCAACUAAUCACCUCAACUGGAGGUGGACAGCGUGGCUUACCCUCAUCUUCGUUGGCAUAGUGGGUUCCCUCGGCCUGCUCAUCAUACGCGAAACCUUUGAACCAGUGCUGCUCACCCGCAAGGCCAAACGCCUUCGCUCCAAAACCGGAAACCAGAAGCUGCAUGCCAAAUUCGAAGAAACGCCCAUUGGGUUUAGGACCCUCGUGCAAAAAUACGCCACCAAGCCAGUGAGAAUGUUUGUACAGGAACCCAUCCUUGUUCUCGUCACCAUAUACCUCACCAUCGUAUACGGAACGCUGUAUCUGUCCUACCAGGCUAUACCUUUCUCCUUCCGCAACAGGGGAUGGAGUCCUGAAGCAGCCUAUCUUCCCUUUAUUUCCGUAACCCUCGGCAUAGUCAGCGCAUGUCUCAUCUUCUCCAUCUUCACACUGACAAGCUACAAGAAGCUAUGGCUUCGCACAAACUCUGCACCCCCAGAAGCGCGUCUCCCACCCAUGAUCCUCGGCGCCUUUAUCCUCCCCGUCGCCCUCUUCUGGCUAGGCUGGUCCCAAUCCACCUCGUGGGUCUCGGCCGUCAUCGCAGCCUACUUUGUCGGCCUCGGUCUCUUGCUCAUCUUCAUUGCGGGCAUUGUGUAUUUGGUCGAUACGUAUUUGAGCAACAGCAAUUCGGCAAUGUCGAUACAUCUGGUGGUGAGGAGUACUGUGGCAUCGUCGUUUCCGCUAUUCGCAGGGCCCAUGUUUGAGGGGUUGGGGAGCCCGUGGGCGUGCUCCGUGUUGGGAUUUGUUUGUUUGAUGAUGGUGCCGGUGCCGAUUGUGUUUUAUCUGAAGGGCAAGACUAUCAGAGGGUGGAGUCGUUAUGCGCCUGGCAGUUGA